AUGACCGGAAAGUUCUUCUCAAUGGUGGCGACUGAGCGGUACAAAGACCUCCGUGGCCGGAAGUUCAUUCCUCGGCAGUGUAUCUCUCUAACGGACGAUAAUCUCUCUGAUGUCAGAAGAAUUGUGACUGGAGCAGGUUUGAUUCACACACUCACUGAUAUCGAUCCCUAUCAGCCGAAUGUGGUAAGAGAAUUCAUUGCUAAUCUCCCUGAGGCUGAGGAACGAGACGAUGGUGUAGCUGUGUAUGUCAGAGGCUCUCUUGUUGAUUUCUCUCCGAGUCUGAUUAAUUCUCUGUACUGCAUUCCUGGAUUUGAAGAAGAUCCCAACUGGAUGGAUGAAAGCAUUGAUGAAGUUUGUGGUUUUCUCACUGACGGCAGAAUAAGACGAUGGGAGAAUAUGAGUUCGAAGUAUCUCACCGCUACAAAUCAGGUUCUGUACAAACUCGUCUGCUCGAAUUGGAUUCCUACCAUGAACUACACAUCUAUGAAUCAGAAGCGUCUCAGGUUUGUCUACAUGCUCCAUCAUAAUGAUGGAUUCGACUUUGGAAAACUAGUCUACGAUUAA